AUGAACAGAUCUACUGUCCCUUUAUUGAUCAAUGGUAUUGAAGAAAUCAAUUCGGAAGACCUUAUAUAUGAAGUUGAAAGUCCAUUCGAAGGUAGCAAGUAUUUAUAUAAAGCCCAAGGAGUAUCAACUGAGGAAAUUAAGAGCAUAACGGAGAAUUCUUUUAAGGCUUUUAAAAUCUGGAAAGCCACUUCAUUCGAUGAGAAAAGAAAAGUUCUAGAGAAAGUUGCUUCAUUAUUGGAAAAUAGAAGAGGGUAUUUUAUAGAUAUUCUUAAAGAAAUGGGCUUAACUCUCUCGUUUGCCAAUUUUAAUGUUGAAACUAGUAUAGGCAUCUUAAAAGAAUGCGCAGCUAGUGUUUCAAAGCCUUUGGGAGCAAUUCCUCGGACAAGUCAUGAACAAACUUAUACCAUGAUAAUAAAUGAGCCCGUAGGUCCCAUUUUAAGUAUUGCACCCUGGAAUGCACCCAUAAUUUUAUGUCUCCGUGCAAUUGCUGGACCGGUGGCUGCAGGUUGCAGUGUCAUCUUAAAAACUUCCGAGCAAUCCCCACUAGUCCAUUUCGAAUUGUCUAAAUUAUUUAUUGAUGCAGGCGCACCGCCAGGUUUGGUUAAUUCAAUCAAUCAUAGCCAAAGAGAUGCUUCAGAAGUAACAACAGCGCUUAUUAACUCACCCAAUAUAAGAAAAAUUACCUUUACUGGAUCUUCACAAGUGGGCAAGAUUAUAUCUACUAUGGCGGCUAAGGCUUUGAAACCUGUACUUUUAGAGCUAGGAGGAAAAUCGGCUGCUAUUGUAACAAAGUCAGCAGAUAUAGAGCGAGCAGCAGAGGAAAUACUUACUGGCGCUUUUGCUCAUAAUGGUCAAAUAUGCAUGAGUACUGAAAGAGUGUAUGUUGUCAAUGAAAUAUACGACAAAUUCAUGGGUGCAAUUUCAAAACGUUUCGAUGAUUUCACUUCUACGCAAAAGAAAUUACCUCAAAGAUCUUUAAAUCAAGCUAAAAAAAUUGAAUCAUUGUUAAGAAAUGCUAUCGACAAUGAUACAAAAAUAUUAUGUGGUAGAAUUUUUAGACAUGAUGCGUACAUCGAGCCUAUAAUAAUUGGAGACGUUUCAGAAGAAGUAGACAUUUAUGACAAUGAAACUUUUGGACCUGUGUUUUACAUAAAUAAGGUUUCUGAUGUGUCUGACGCAAUCAAAAAGGUUAAUUCAAGUAGAUAUGGUCUUUCUAGUGCUAUUUGGUGUAGUGAUGUACUCCAGGGUCUAGAGAUUGCUCGUGAUAUUGAGUCGGGAGCCGUCCAUAUAAAUGGUAAAACUGUCCAUGAUGAAUCUACCUUGCCUCAUGGAGGAGUUAAAGAGAGUGGUUUUGGGCGGUUCAAUAGUUCAUGGGGAUUACAAGAAUUUCAAUACACAAAGGUAAUCACUUUAGCUAAAUAA